AUGUCUCCUCGCUAUGGCGCCCUCGGCGCAACCUUCCAAGUAUCCCGCCUCUUCCAAGCCUGCUCCCUAAUCGCCAUAAUCGGCAUGACGGCCAAAUUCAUCAGCGUAAUAAUCAACAACAACGCUACACCCCCAAACAUCCUAAUUGGGACAAUCAGCGUGACCUGCAUCGCAGCAAUUUACUGCAUAAUUACCGCAAUCUUGUACACAGACGACAUCCUCCCAUUCCUAGCCUGCGCAGUACUAGACAUGCUACUUCUAAUCGCGCUGAUUGUCGUCGCCGUUAUCGUCGGCAAGCCGCUCUCAUACUUAAAGUGCACAGCGUUGGCAGAGCUGGGAGACAAAGAUGCUACGUCGUAUGCGUUUGCAUCUCGACUUUCGAGUUACAUUGCUAGCGUUAGUGGGAAGAUUGAUUAUGUUUCGUGGAUUGGGGCUUCAAAGGCGAUUUGUAUCGAGACGAAGGCUAUUUGGGGGUUGAGUAUUGGGCUUUGUAUUCUCUUUUUCUUUUCUGUUAUCUGCAAUAUCUGUUUGUGGUUGCAGAAGAAGAAGGCCCUUGCUGUGAAGAGUGUGGAGUAA